AUGGCCACCUCUGGCGCAGCACAGCACAAGAAUGAAGAACAGCUCGCGCUGGCCAGGACGCUCCACAACGUGCCCUGGUGCGAGCAGUACGAGCGCAUGAUCUCGGGCAUGCUGCCUCUGUUCAUCCACGCAUACCUACCUAGAUACGACUCCCUCGUCCCCGAGCUCGCCAACGCCCGCUUCAAGGCGCGAGCAUGGUGCCACCGCUACAACAGCUACUUCCCCGCGCCCGACGAGGCAUCCGCAUCGUCGUUUGACUCGCUCCAGCAACUGCGCACGGGCUGGCUGCGCGAGCUCGUAGGCAGCGUCAAGGGCGACCAGGCCUUCAUCGAGCCGCCGUUUUAUGUCGACUAUGGCUGCAACAUCCGCCUCGGCGACCGGUUCUAUGCCAACUUCAACCUGACCAUCCUCGACUGCGGGCUGGUCACUAUCGGGGACCGGGUGAUGUUCGGGCCCAAUGUGUCGAUAUACGCGGCCACGCACGAGACGGACGUGCAGAGUCGCCGUGAAAAUAUCGAGUAUGCGCGGCCCGUGGUGAUUGGCGAUGACUGCUGGGUUGGAGGCAAUGUGGUGAUUCUGCCGGGCGUGACGGUGGGCAAGGGCUGCACCAUUGCGGCCGGCGCGGUGGUGAGCAGAGACAUUCCCGACUGGAGUGUGGCCAUGGGACAGCCUGCAAGGGUCGUGAAGACGGUGAGGCCGGUUGAUUAG